AAAUGUCUACACCUUGAUCAUGAUCGCCGAUCAGCUGGACAGGUUUAGGGAAGGAAGGAGCUCAAUCGAAGGUCGACGGUCCCCUCGUCCCCUCACAUUGCUUCAAUCCUGUGCCCUGUAGCCGCAGUUAUGGAGGACUUGCCGCAGUUUAUCUGUUUAGUGUUGGUCAGUCCUCAGUGAAUGUGUGAAUCAGUCAGUCAGUCAGUCUGUUAUAGUCGUGAGUGACCAUACCGAAUUAUCCGUUCAAGUAGCAGUCUAAAUUAUUUUUAUCAUGCUCGUGGGCGGCCAAACACCUUCCGAUCGUGGACCAUCAUCGUUUGUGCUGGGUGAGACGACAUUGAAUGGGCUGGACUUAGUUGGAGGAGGAUUGGAAAGCUCGGGUUCUGCUAGGUCGAGGCUUGUCCCCUCUUUGUCAGCGAGCACGCCUCCUACCACUUUACUCUCCUGGUUGUGUGGAAGCCAGAAGACAAAAGGCGGUCGAUCGCUAAUGGAGGCGUGGCUACGCUGUCCUUUGAUUUCAUCAGACUCGAUCCAUUUCCGACUUGAUCUGGUAGAGCUGUUUGUGAACCAGGGUGCACUGCGGCAGCAGAUGCAAGAAUUUCUGGCGGGUCAAAGCGGUGGCGAUCUCAAGGCAAUUUUGCUUCGGGUGGAAGCUAGCACUGCAAACCUGGACCAUGUCUGUCGUCUGUUUAUAGCAGUGGAAACUUGCUUGGCUAUGGUUCGAGAAUUGGCUCUAGCUGCGGCAACGGCGUCCACAACAACGAAGACCCCAAAUCCAACCACAGGGGCCAACUGCGCUCAAAGCUCGAUUCCGAGUAGCGUGAACGGUUGGCUUGCUCCUAUCUACGAUUGUGAAGACAAACUGAAGCAUUUCUUGAACUUCAUGGACACUUUACUUGAUAUUGAAACCAUCAAAAGCAACGGCCAGCUCGAAAACUUGAGAAUCAAGCCUAGUUUCAGCCCUCACAUGAAACAAUUCCAAGACGAACUGACCAAAUUAAGCGAAGAGAUGACGAAACACCGCAAACAAGAAGAAUCCGAAUACGACCUCAGAGAUGGAUCUUUGAAAUUGGAGAAGAACGAAACUUUGGGUUACUUUUUCCGCGUGACUUUGAAAGACGAGAAAAAAAUUCGUAGCCAUCACGGGGUGAGAAUUCUCGAGUCUUUGAAAUCUGGUGUCAAGUUUAGAACCAAAGAGCUGGAUCGAUUAAACAACUUAACUACAAAGAUACAUCAAGAACAAGUUAAAGAAGUUAAAUUAAUCUUGGAGGAAGUGAACAGACUGACUCAAGGUUAUGGCAAAGAGUGCUUCCAUCGAGUUGAGGCCUUUCUGAGCACUGUUGAUUGUGUUGUAUCCUUUGCUAAUAUCUCUAGUUCUGCCCCUCUGCCAUUCGUGAGGCCUAAUGUAUCCGACACAUGCGACUGCAUUCGUCUCGACCACAUUCGUCACCCGCUCCUGGAACGUGUCGAUGGCAUGCAUUACAUUGCAAACUCAAUGACCUUGACCAAAGAAAAGGGUUUCUGCAUCCUUACGGGCCCUAAUAUGGGUGGCAAAAGCACAUUCCUGAAAUCUAUUGGUGUGGUAGUUCUUUUAGCCCAAAUGGGGUGCUUCGUCCCGUGCAGUUUUGCCCAAAUUUACCCAGUGGAUAAUAUUUUAGUUCGAAUUGGUGCAGGGGAUAACCAAAGUGAAGGUAUUUCAACAUUCAUGAAUGAAAUGAUCAAUAUGAAAGAGAUCCUGGAUGUGGCAUCACAAAGAAGUCUAAUUUUGGUGGAUGAACUGGGCCGAGGCACAUCUACGCAAGACGGAUUUGGACUGGCCUGGGCAAUAUCGGAGCAUAUUGCCACCAGACUAAUGGCUCCAUGUGUGAUUGCCACACAUUUUCACGAAUUAUGUUCCCUGUCGGAUAUUCACUCUUCAUCAUUUAACAUGCACUGCACUGCCCUCAUCCAGGACCAGAGAUUCCUAUUGUUGUACAAAAUCAAACAUGGAAAAUCCAGCCAGAGUUAUGGAAUUCAGAUCGCGGAGUUGGCUCAGUUUCCCACCGAAGUCAUCUCUAAAGCAAAAUCCUACUUGCGUGAUUUCGAACAAGAACCUUCGGAGUGUAAUGAAAUUUAUUCUCGCGUUAAAUCACGUAGAAAUGUAUAA